AUGGCUCUGACCUCACAUUUGAUGAAGAUCCUCGAGAGGCUGGUCCUCAACAAUUUGCGCCACCUGGUCUACCCUGACUUCUUGCACUACAAGGGGGGCAUCUACCACUACACGGGCCUCACAGACCCCUUUAACCCCUUUGAACUGACCAACCAUGCAGUGCUGCUCGUAGGCUACGGCCGCUGCCAGAAAACCGGACAGAAGUACUGGAUUGUCAAAAACAGCUGGGGCACCGAUUGGGGCGAGGACGGCUACUUUCGAAUUCGCCGAGGCAGCGACGAGUGCGCCAUCGAGAGCAUCGCUGUCGCUGCCAAACCCAUCCCCAAACUGUAGAGGCUCAAAGAUCAGGACACGAGAGCCUUAAUGAUUCUGAGGCACCUACACUGAAUGUUCUCUUUGUGUAGCUUGUUCUUUGGAUGUGAAAGUUUUAAGUUGAAGUCUUUAUUGUUUGGAAACGAGACUUUAUUUAUCACUUAAUCUUAAGUGAAAUUGGCCUGAAAUGUGCACAUUAAUUUACUGUUGUUUUUGGUCGGAAACCUGAAUCUAAACUUCGAUUGUAAAUGUUCAUUUGAACAUUAUUGGAUGAAUCUAAACUAUUUAAUGUUAUGAAUUCUUAAAAAAAUAUAUAAUUUUAUUUUUUUUUUGUUCUUUACCAGUUGUUAAAUUCUUAAACCUUUACAGUAGUUGUUGUAAACUAUUUGCUGUAAACAGAAAAAAACUGGAGAAACUUUUACCAGGGUAAAGUAUUUUGACUCUUGGUUACUGUAACUGAUCAGUAUUUUUUUUAUAUAUAUUGGACAGGUGAUAUUAAAAGUUGUAUGGUAAAAGUAAUAUUUUACAAGUAUUUUCACACAUUAGUUACCAGUAAUUUAAGUGCAUUUUAAUUGAUAAAACUUUCAGUGAUGGAACAGUUUUGAUGCUGAAUGUUGGGAAUUCACUCGAUCAGCCUUUUUCUUUUAUUCCCCUCAUGUUUGAUUACUUCAAUCACUUUUUAAGUAUUAAAUUUAAGCAGUUGCUGCCUAUGUAAACCACUAAAGGGAUUGUUGCGUACAGUGACGGGUUGUAACAUUUGAAUAUUCGGUUCGAUUGUCCAGUGCAGGACUUGAAUCUUUCUCUGUCUCAGGGAAUCACAGUGGAGAAUUGAUGUUUUCAAUGUCCUUGCAUGAAACCGACUCAAUGGCUCAUUAUAGAUUGUUGCGAAAUGAGCUUUUAAAUGGAAUUUAUCAAUAAAGG